GCGCUGCUUUUGGUCAGUAUUUUUGCAACGAUCCAAGCGCUAUUACGGUAAAUAAUAACAGCAACAAAAUCGUGAUUGACUAUGACUUAUUGCUCUCGUCAUCAAUGCAGCGCUUCACUAAAAUGGAGAUUGUGCCAUUGAAAGAAGAACAAUAUUGCGAUGGGCAUGCGUUGUGUAAGGUUUCGGUGGAUUCGGCAUUGUCCUCCAAUUGCAUUGCUGAUUUCAGACUGGCUGACAAAGAAAUUUUUUACCAGAAUACUGAACAUUUUAAAGAAAGCUUUCCAACUUUUGAACAUAUCAGGAGACAAGGCAAAUUCUGCGAUGUUACGUUGAAGGUUGAUGAUCAGUGCUUCAGUGCACAUCGACUAGUUCUUGCAGCAACAAUACCAUACUUCAAUGCUAUGUUUACAAAUGAUAUGAUAGAAAGUAGACAAAAAAAUAUUACUCUACAAGGUUUUGACUCUAUGGUUUUAGAGGCAUUUAUAAACUAUGCAUAUACUGGACGAAUACGUAUUACAAAUGAGAAUGUUCAAAGUAUUAUGAUUGGAGCUUCAUUCCUGGGAUUACAAUACGUUAAAACUGCUUGUGCUCUCUUCCUUAAAUCUCAUUUAAAUCCAGAUAAUGUUCUUGGUAUCCGUAAUUUUGCUGAUAUUCUUGGCUGCACAUCUCUAUUUAAUCAAUGUAACAAAUACAUCAACCAUUACUACAUAGAUGUCUCACAGUCCAAAGAAUUUUUUAAUCUGUCCUUAGAUGAUUUAAAAAGCUUUAUUAGCAACGAUGACUUGAAUAUUAAUUCUGAAAAAGAAGUUUUCGAAACUAUUAUUUCAUGGCUCAAAUAUGACAUUAAAGGGAGAAAAGACAAAUUAUCAGAAUUGCUGGCACUUGUAAGAUUACCGCUUCUAGAUCCUGAAUAUCUUGUGGAUCAUGUGGCUAAAGAGAAACUAAUCAAAAGUUGUAUACAUUGCAGAGAUAUAUUAGAUGAAGCAAAAGAUUAUCACCUUAUACCUGAUAGGCGAUAUUUGAUUGAUAAUUUUAAAAUUCGACCACGGUGUAAUUUUGUGACAGGGCAUAUUUAUGUUAUUGGUGGUCUAACAAAAUUUGGAGACUCGCUAAAUACAGUUGAAGUUUACAACCCAUUCACUGGAAUGUGGAAACCAUCAGAAUCUAUGAUAACACUUAGGAGUCGAGUUGGUGUAGCAGUGUAUAAAAAUAAAUUGUAUGCCUUUGGAGGUUAUAAUGGUUUUGAACGAUUAGCAACUGUUGAAGUUUAUGAUGUUUGUCUAAAUAGUUGGAAACUAAUAACUCCAAUGGAAUAUAAACGAAGUGCUGUUGGAGCAGCGACUUUAAAUAGCUACAUAUAUGUAUGUGGUGGCUUUGAUGGUUCAGAAUCAUUAAAUCUAGUUGAAAGAUUUUGUCCUAACACUAAUAUAUGGGAAAUAGUACUUCCUAUGAAUAGGUAUCGAUCUGCUGGUGGAGUUGUUGCUUUUCAAGGAUAUAUUUAUGCAUUGGGUGGUCAUGAUGGAUUAUCAAUACAUAAUUCAGUUGAACGAUAUGAUCCAGAAAGUAAUAUAUGGACACUUGUGCAACCAAUGUUGACAAAAAGAUGUCGAUUGGGAGUAGCUACUUUACGUGGAAAAUUAUAUGUAUGUGGAGGAUACGAUGGUUCUACAUUUUUGCAAACUGUUGAAGUUUAUGAUCCUAAAACUAAUAGGUGGAAUUAUAUAGCAGGUAUGAAUGUUAUGAGAAGUCGAGUAGCAUUAGUUGCAAAUCUAGGAAAACUUUGGGCAAUUGGAGGGUAUGAUGGAAUUUCUAAUCUCUCAACACUUGAAAUGUACGACCCUGAAACGAAUUGUUGGUCUUUUGCUACAUCUAUGUAUGCACAUGAAGGAGGAGUUGGUGUUGGUGUCAUAACAGUGUGAUAAAAUAUUUGUCAUAAAAUCUUCCAUUAAGCAGUCAUUUCAUUAACAUGAGUGUAAUUAAUACUAAUAGAUUAACUUUGUUAAAAAUUAAUAAUUAAUGAUAACAA